AUGCCAAAAGAGGAAGAACCAUUCCAAAAAUUGCCUGAGGAAAAAGAUUCCGAGGAAAUCAGCGAUAUAUCAAGUCAACUUCGAGAGAUUUUUGUGGGGACUUCUCCAGAUGGGGGAGAGGAUACCGAACUCAUUGAGGACGAAAGCGAUGUCACUAGAAGUCAAACUGCGGAUGAAGUUGAGAUUGAUACCGCAAGCGCCAAAUCAGAUGAAGAGAAGGUAAUCAAAGCAGCUGGUGUUAAUGUAAAAGACAAUCAUGAGGUUUCGUCCACUCUGGCUGAUGACCGCAUCACCGAGCCAGAAUCAAGCAAAGAGACACCGGGCAAUUCUGCUAAAGUUCCAAUCAAAAGACCAGCUUUGAGACAACCAACUCAUAGGCGUAUCCUGAGGGCAAACUCAUCAAAAAAACCCUCUUCAAGAGUGGUUAGAGAGAGGUUGAUCAGAUUCAAAGAAGAUGGAGAAAAGGUGCAUGCUAAAGUUCCGUCACUGGUGAGGAAGAGAAAGGGCAUGAGUGAUGUCAAUGAAGAGGCAGCAGCGGACGAAAUUGGGAAUUCCAAAAGGAGAAAACCAUCCAAUGAAGAAGCGAGUCCUGGCGAAGACAAAUCCACGAGUGAUUCACAGACAAUGGUUGCCAUAGCACUUCUCAGCAGUAUCGCAGUCAACUCUAUCAAGCGUUUUUUCAACCCUGAGUGA